AUUGCAGACGAAUAUGACGUCAUCGUCAACUGCACAGGCUUCGGAGCUGGUGCGUUUGUCAAUGAUCCCAAAGUGCAUGCCAUACGAGGCCAGACGAUCAGGGUGCACGCCCCUUGGAUCAAGCACGCCAUCAUCGCGGGGGACCACUUCCACGUGAUACCAAACAUCGACGACGUCAUGUUGGGCGGCACCGCGGACGUGGACGAGACUUCGCUCAUUCCGGACAGGGACAUCGCCAGUAAAAUCUGGAAUGGCUGCCUGGAACUUGCCCCGAGUCUCAAGAAUGCCAAGGUGAUCGGACACUUCGUUGGCCUUCGUCCCGGAAGGAAUCCUGUGAGGAUCGAGCGGGAGGAUUUCACCUUCAAACAUGGUGUUGGAAAGGUACCCGUCAUUCACAACUACGGCCACGGAGGCUCGGGAAUCACCAUUGCCUGGGGAUGCGCAGGCGACGUCGUUCGCCUGGUGCAAGACUCGAUCACCGAGCGUUCAUCGGACUGGCGCAAGACAGAAGCCAAUUUGUGAUCUGCCGGCCAUCCAAGACUGUGAACCAUGACUAGAGGCGGUUUUGUGUGCGACGAUGUCUUGUCGUCUCGAAUGAGAAAGAAUUCAGAGACUAUCGAAAGAAAA